GUUUACUCCCACUUUGAUUCCCUGAGUUGAAAUCACUCAUUGGUGGCCUGUUGACUUAUCUGGAGUAUGCCCCAUCUUCUGUUCGCUGCUCCCUUUUGAUUGCCUUACCCGUGAAUGUCCUUCACACCCGUGAGUGUCCUUGUUAUUUUUUGCCCGUGACUUCUCAAUAGGCUGGCAGCCUAUUAUAAAGUCAACACUCCCCCCUUCUUUGUGAGAUAAGCCUGUGAGAGAACUUCAUUGUGCAGUGUCUUCCUUCUUCCUUUCCCUUUGUGUGAGAGUUCCUUAGUGGAGUGAAGAAGAGUGAGUAAACAUGGGAGAUGGAGUGGCCUAGCCCUAGAGUGGUGUGUGUGAGUUUAGUAUAGAAGGUUGGAGACCUGAGCCGGAGACGGAAUCCGAUCCUUGCACCGAUUAAAUGGAAAGGGCUUUACUGUGUGCGAUCGAGCCGCAACAAUGCCGCCACUCUCCCGCCGCCUCUCCGCCGCGAUUAGGACCGCAACGGCCGCCGUGAAAUCCUAUUUCUGCCGCUGCAUUGACUUCAGGACCUUGACCGACUUCACUCCCACCUAUCUCUUCGUCCACUCACACCUCAAGAAGGUUUACGCAACACUAGUGCUUGCCUGUGUAUGCACAUUAUUGGGAGUGUUACUGGAUUUUGCUGGUGAAGUUGGGGGGUGCUUCACAUUUCUCGUCUUCUCUGGAUCCAUGUUUUUUGUUCUCAAGACACCUUCAUGGAGGGGGGCGAAGAAGAUCGGGUAUCUGAUUCCUGCUACAUUUUUUAUGGGGACUUGUAUUGUCCCAUGUUUUCGACCUUUCGUGAACAUUGACCACAGAUUGUUGAUGGGGAUAAUAGGGGAGCAAGCAGUGUGCUACGCGGUAUACUGUAUGGGAUCAGCUGGCAGAAGGACGGUGUUCUACUUCAAAGCCGUCGUCUCCUCACUCUGCUGUUAUGCGUUCUUCUGCUGCAAUGUGUUCCUCCUCCUUUUCGUCGUCGGCUAUGCUUUCUUCCGCCACAAUCUCUACAUUGGCUUUCUCGUGAUGGUGCAUAUGGUAUGUUACCGUUUAGCGCUGUUUGCUUAUGAGCAAGAGAUUGCACUGAGAUCAGGGCGAGGCGACGAGAACAUAGACUGUGUGACUUGCUGUCUCAGAUUCUACACCGACUUUCCUGCUAUCCUCGCCUACACUUUUGCUCUCCUCGCGCAGGGUUUCUACGUUGGCUUAAGGCGGCGAAAUCGAAUCCGUAUCAUGCGCAAUCGAUUAGUUCGGAUCUAUAUGGGCAACAUCACGUACACUAGUCUUGGCUAAAUACUUUGGUUGGCUUUGUGCCGAUUGAAUAUGCAUCGUGACUACCAUAGCCUAAAAGAUAUAUACUCCGAAUUAGCUAUAUGCCUUCUUUUCCACAC